AUGGAACCGGAUGGCGACCUUGUCCUCCGGGUAGGGUCGCACUUUGAAUCCCCACGAGUUUCGAGUCUGCUCUGCAACAAUGCGACGUACUUCCGCGGUGUGGAAGAACAUGCUCUUCGGCGCCUGGAAAGAAGCGAAACCGACCGAGGGACCGUGGGUCGUGGAACUGCCCGAGGACAAACCGGAAUCUGUUCGAACCCUUCUCGCAAUCAUUCACUCGAAGUUCGACAUUGUACGCACCUUCGUAUAUCUCAAUCAGUUGCAUGACAUUCUCCUUGUCACCGACAAAUUCGACAUGAUUUCUGUCAUUCGGCCCUGGGCCAGCGCUUGGGUCCAAAUGGCGGCUUUUGGCGCUGGUGUGGGAGAGGAAGUGAGCCUCUGUGACCGCGCAUUAGGAAUCCACGUAGCUGGGGAGCUAGGAAUCGACAACAUGCUGUCCUUAGAAACCCGGGAACUCAUCUUCGGGGCCCCCGUUGUUCAGGACGGUGCAGAUAUGCGAGUAACGUACAACGGCAAACAUAUCCGAUUCGAGAGCUACGCCGCACCAUCCGACUUAGUCAUCGCUGGACUUCGACUUGCACUCAUCCAGACACUGCUCGACUUUUACCACGCCGAGAUAAGAUGCCGAACCCGAGACGAAGGGGCCUGUCAGGCAAUAAGUACAAGCAUAUAUGACGGCAAUUCAGAGCGACCAGUGUGCGACUCCCUGCUUCUGGGCAGUCUAUUCCGGACCCAACAUAGGUUGGGGCUGGAUCCUCUGCCUCUGAAAGCAGACAAGUUCCUGGGCAGUGCUCAUAGCCUAAUGGUUUUUCUCUCGGCCAUGUUCAGUGCGCUCCCUUGUCUGAAUGCCAGGCACAAUGGGUGCUCGCCGUCCAAGAAAUAUAUGGAUUUCGAAGCCAAAACGAAAUCUAAUAAGAAAUGGUUGGACGUUGUACGCCCAGAACAUAAGCAGCGGAUGGCACCACAGCGGAAGAAGUUAGGGCUGCCAAAACUCUGAGGAUAGACCACCUCACGGAGAUCCAGGGACGCAUCAUCCAGGAACUUGACACUUUUGGAUCCAGCAGCCAGCGUUCCAUUACUUCAAAAUCGG